AUGAUGCUGAGAAUUUGUAGGAAUAAAUAGAUACAUGUAUAAAUUCACCGAUGUUAUCAAUCAUACAUCGUACUCGCGAUUCGAUUGUUAUGCAUUCUAUCCGUCAUUCACUCUCGACGUACUGAACCUCCAAAAAUUCCCGGUAUGAAAAUUAUUAUAUACAUAUAAAAUAUCAUCCUACCUUCUGGAUCUUCCGUCGAUGCUAAUCAUUUUCAACACCAUCCAAUUCCAAGAUGUCCUGUUUCGGUGGUAGCGACGAUCAAAUCUACAUGGUCGAAAUCCUGAUUCACAAGUUGACGUUGACAAAGAGUAAAAUCAAAGACAUCGGUGAAUAUCCAAUUACGGUGAAGGUCUCGUUCCUUGAUUUCCCCACAUUUGAGAUUACGCGGGAUGACUUUUACUCGGUGAAACCACCACCACCGACCGAGGAUGGAACCUUAUACUUCAUGAUAGGCAGAAGUUGUCUGUUUAUCAAGCAACCGAAACACCUGGUAGCAGAAUUACAAUCAACUGCGAUGAAAGUCGGUGUGUUUCGCCUUGGGGACACAUAUCCCAUUGCUGAAGCCGAAAUAACGUUACCUGGUUGUUUAUGUGAUCAAGUAGCGAUGGCUCAAAACGAUCCAGAAAAUCUGCCAAAACCGUUCAAAGUAAAAGGUAGUUUCAAUCUGCUGGAUCCUGGCGAAAAUCCUUCAGGAACAUUGGAAAUGGAAAUGAGGAUGUCGUGUUUCGGUAGCUCGAUUAUGACUCACUAUGAACUACAUCCUAAGUUUUUCGCCUUUAGGAAUAAGGACCGGGAAAGAGAGUUCUGCGUUAGACGCUUAGUACCAUCUAGUUAUCAGGAAGGCGUUGUUAAGAAUAUUUCGGAGUAUCCGGAUAGAACGACUCUUGAUGAAUUGAAAGGAAAGGCAAAAGAACAACCAUCAAAAAAGAAGAAAGGAAAAGGAAAGGGAAAAGGUGUAGAGGACAGAGGGCGAGCCAGAUAACGGCUU